AUGGAUGCAGAACUUCAGGCUAUCAGGGAGGCCCGUCUAGCGCAGUUGAAAGGUGGUAACGGUGGGAACGCUUCCAGCGGUAACAAUAGUAAUAACAAUGCCACUGGCGGUAGUGCGAAUGUUGGUUCUUCAGUGGCUGCAUUCUUAGAGGCAGGUGCCUUAGAAAGACUCUCAAGAGUUGCAUUAGUGAGACCUGAUCGUGCUACUGCUGUGGAACAAUAUGUGAAACAAUUAGUCUCCACGGGUCACCUGACACAUAAGAUUAAUGAACAAGAGAUUAUACAGAUUCUAAAUGGUGUUGCUAGAGAGCAAAACAAGCAAACAGAAACCAAGAUCAUCUUCGACCGUAAAGAUAAAGGAGUGACUAUGUCUGCGGGAACUAAUAGCAAGAACGAGCAGUAUGAUUCCGAAGAUGAUUUCUUCGAUGAAUGA